CUUCGUAAAGUGAACUAUUUGGUUCUGAUGGGAAAUCAAACUUCUCAGUCUGAGUUAAUUUUGCUUGGCCUGUCAGACCUCAGAUAUUCUCAGAUCCCGGUAUUUCUGCUGAUCUUCCUCAUCUAUGUGGCCACACUGGCCGGGAAUCUUCUCAUCAUUUCCCUGGUGGUCUCAGACUCCCACCUGCACACCCCCAUGUACUUUUUCUUGGGAAAUCUCUCAGUUUUAGACAUCUUCAACUCCUCCACUUCCGUAUUACAUGUGUCUUUUGACAUCUUUACUGGAAACAGACUAAUUUCAUACCCAACGUGUAUCUCUCAGGUCUUCUUCUUCUCCUGGUUUUGCAGCACUGAGUGCUUCAUACUUGAUAUAAUGUCCUAUGAUCGCUAUGUUGCCAUCUGCCAUCCUUUGCAUUAUACAUCCAUAAUGAGGCUUCCCCUGUGUGUUCAGGUGGCCUUCUUAUUCUGGGUUCUCAGCUUUGCUUGUUCCUUGUUGCAUACACUUUAUGCGCUAAGACUGGCCUUCCCUGACCCCACCACCAUCCCAAGCUUGUUCUGUGAAUUAUAUCAACUGUUUCAACUGUCAUCUUCUGACACUUUCCUCAAUUACUUUCUUAUAUAUUUUCAAGCUGCCUGUUUUUCAGUCCCUGGAUUUCUCAUUACUUCCCUCUCCUAUGUCUACAUUUUCAAAACCAUCCUGAAAAUUACAAUGAAGGAUGGAAGACGGAAAGCUUACUCCACCUGCACCUCUCACCUCACGGUGGUCUUCAUCUUUUACGGGACUGUUUUUUUCAACUACUUUCAACCCAAAACUACGAUUUUUCAGGCAGGGAGAUGGCUGGCUGUAUUCUACACAGUUGUCACCCCUCUCCUAAACCCGAUUAUAUACAGCCUGAGAAACAGGGACCUGAUAGGAGCUCUUCAGAAAACUCUAUCCAGAAUUGACUCCAGAUCAUGAACUGUCAUGGAAGGAGAACGGCACAACAAUAUUCACAGUCUGAGGAUGGCAUGUAAUUAGCCACUUCUCAACCGUAGGACUUCCAUGGACGUGCUUAGGUUGAGGUGGUUA